AUGAUGCGCGCGCUGCCCGUGCUGCUGCUCGCGGCGCUGAGCGCCUCCGCCAGCGCCACCGUCGACGUGAGCGUGUGCCGCGACGCCACGUACUCGCUGUCCGUGGACGCGUCGUCGCUGUGCGCCGGCUCGGGCUCGACGCCCGCGGGCUUCAGCUGCCCCAAGGCGGGCGACGUGGCCGUGGCCGACUGCCACGCGUACCUGCCCUCGUACAAGGACGGCAGCUGCGUGGCGCUCGAGGACGCCGUGUGCCAGCUCGUGAACGGAGACACCUGGGGCUGCGUGCUGCCCACCGUGGGCUGCGACGGCGUCGUGGAGCAGAAGAGCGAGUGCGAGACGUGGGACUACAGCGGAGAGGACACCGUGGACCUGGACGGCUCGGGCUCCUUCGACGGCAACGAGGACUACGACGAGAGCUGGUUCGUGCAGACCACGGAGCUGCGCCCGCUCUACAACUGCGGGGAGAAGCCCACGCCCGCCCCCACCACCAGCGCCCCCGUGGCAACGCCGGCCGCCACCACUACGGCCCCCACCGCCACGCCCGCGGCGACUACCACGGCCCCGAAGGCCACCCCUGCAGCUACCACCACGGCCCCCAAGGCGACGCCGGCCGCUACGACCACGGCCCCGACAGCCACUCCGGCGGCCACGACGACCAACACGACGGAGACGCCGACCCCCACGCCGGCGGCCACUAAGACGACCCCCUCCGCCACUCCCGCGGCUACGACGACCCAAGGAAGCUCGUCCAACAGCGGCUCGGAGGACGCAGACGUCGGGGACAGCGAGAGCGACGCCAAUGUGGGGGAUGACGACAGCACGACCGCAGACUCGUCCACGGUCAACUUGUCCUCUGGCGACGUUGCUGGCAGCUCCGGUGUGAACGCCAGCCUCGUCGGAGGCAUCGCUGCUGCGGCCGCUCUGGUAGCCGUCGUGGCCGUCGCCGCCAUCUACAGGAAGAGACAUCAGGCCAAGCAGACCGAGACGGACGCCCCCGUCACCUCGCACGAACGCAGAGAGAGCAUCGAGUACGAGAUGGCGCUGACGCCUCCGAACGCCAUCACGUCGCCGAAGCUGCUGACGUCCCCCAGAGUGUAAGAAAGAAAGCAAGACAAGGCAAGGGCCGAGAGAGAGAGUUUUAGUCACAGUCGUCGAGACUGAGCUACGAUCACCGUGUCCAUGGACACUACAUUGAGUAAUGCAACUGCUAUUUUCUAGCUGCGCCCCAUGCGUACGCAGCAGACCAAAGGA